GUGACGCAUUCAGUCCAAUAUCCGCCAAAUUCUAAAAGUCACGUUUUUCGAACUAUUUUUAUGUUACAGGGAAUACAGGUCGAGGAAUACGAGCAACAACAUGAAACCAAAUAGCUCGAAACGUAUGUCGUCGUUGUCAAGUAGCGAUUGGCCAUUUCAAAACGCGCCAUUUUAGUUCUACAAUUGACCCGCUAUAAAAAGCCGAUGUACUCGCCAGUUCAUGUCGCAGAUUAUUCUGAUCUUGAAACAGUUUGCACUCGCUGAAAAUCUCAUCAUGAGUUUCAAGGUAUUGAGCAUCUUGGCGUUGGUCGUCUUAGUUUGCGUCCUCACAGCGACAGCCGAUCCAGCAGCACCGGAGGAACAUGCUACGGAAAUGGCCCACCACCACAAGAAAUCGGAACGCGAAUGGAAGAAGCAUAUGUUGCGGCUGAGAGACGCAAUUAACGCCACCCGAACUCAUUUACACCACAUCAGGAAGAUGAAGGAAGAAAAGGAAUCCGUGAAGGACAUGGAGAAAACGAAAAGAGACGACGAAGACAAAGUCUUUCAGUUCGAUUUCGGCAAAUGGCUGAAAAACUUUAAACCCGCCAUCAAGGAAGAUGCUCCUCUUGACAUUGAUGAGAAACCUACAACCCUGGAAGCGGUCGAAGCUACCCCUGCGGCAGCUGAUCCAGCUCCCAUUCCGGCCAAGGAAAUGACUAACCUUGCAGGCGUCGAGUCUGUUAUAGUGGAGGCGAUCGAUGCCGCUCCUCUUGUGCUAGUAGUCGAACCAGCAGUUCCUGCUCCCGCCAAGGAACCCAUUUCUCUUCCGACUGUGGAAAUAGUGUCCUUAACCGCAGUCGAGCCAAUCGUCGCCGUCGAAGAAUUGUUGUAAGCAUCAGUAUUCGAUUUGACGGGUACUGAUUUGCGUUUCAUUUCGUUUGCUGUGAUGUCGAUGACGAUCUGUUUUACUUGCUUCUCUCAAUACAUAAUCAAUUGCAUCAGAGAUAA